AUGGAUCUGGGAGUGUCGAACAAGAUCCAGCUCGGAUGGACGAACCCUUGGUGGGGAAGCAAACCCCUCGACCUCGACAUCAUCUGGACAUCCCAGGACCUCCCUCUCGACAGGUUGUGGUUGUACGACAUCGUGAACGUGGCGAGCGUGCACAGUGACCCCAACGUGCUGCAGAUGUUCAUCAUGGGGAAGGACUCGAAGAACAUGGAGAACCUGCCUGCCGAAACCGUCCUGGAACACGUCAUGUACCUCCUGAAGAGAAUCACUCUGCAGGACAUCCCCCAGCCUGAUUUCUUCCACAGAACGAGUUGGUACAAUAAUCCCUGGACUCGCGGAGCAUAUGAGACCUACAUCACCCUCUGGGGCGACCACCAGGGGCUGAAAGGGCACGAUCCCAUCACGGUUCCUCUGAAGAACUCGCAAGGAAGACAGGUCUUGAUGUGGGCGGGAGAACACACCCACAGCACCCGCUACGGAACAGUCGACGGGGCGUAUGACACUGGCGAGCGAGAAGGAUACAGACUCCUCGACAUUUUCAAAGCUUGAGGGAUUGUGUAAAUAAAUACAUCCACGUGCU